UUUGCGCUUUCUGGUAACACAAAUUUCAAGUUUCCACCUUUUUUCCACAGCCGCGAACGACCGAUGGAAAGUCCACCGUCUCCGCCUCUGCCUCUGCCACUGCCUCUACCGCCGCCAAUUGAGGCCGGCGUAGCCUCUACCGCGAACCCCAACUCUGGGGCCUCCAAUCUUACUGUCGAGAGACACACUGAACCAAACUCCGCAACGCAUGCCACGGUUAUCAAGAAAAAGAUGAAGAAUAAAAAGAAAAGGAAGGACGUACCAAAAUCCCACUCCGACGCUUCUUCUGAUCCACCUCAACAAUCGUUGAAUUCCAUUUCUUCUUCUUCUACGUCUAGUUCAUUUCAUCCAAGAUCGAAAGGUAUUCGUCUCUCAAGUAACCGCAGAAACCCUAGAGUUCUUAGCAGCCCCGUUUCGCAAAGACACGAAGGAACCGAAGCUGACGCGCUUGCUCUCCCUCUCGGAAUGUCGAUCGCUGCUUUUGUUGCUCAGGUGUUGGAAAAGAAAGAAGCAACUGGAGAAAAGAUGUCUAUAGAUCAUCUCUCCCAGUUUUGGCUUGAACAUCCUGCUGAGAGCUUUUUAGCUGUGGAUUAUAUAAGGUAUAUAUCUAUCUACUUGCAGAUAUGCACUUUGGCAGUUAAAGAAUCAUUGUCUCAUGUUUUUGGCAACAAAUUUGAUUACUUUGUAAGCAACUUCGAAAGAUCAUUUCAGAGCACCUUGAUGACACUCAGAGUAAUCAAUGAAACAUCAGAAAACAGUAAAACAUCAUAUCAACACGUGGAAGGGAGUUCAACCUAUGAUUUUCAUUUUGAUAUGAAAGAAAACACAUCCACAAGCCAAGAACAAGCCACCAUUGUUUCCGAAUACGAAGAAAACACACAUAGAGAUCAUGUUUCCAAUGAACUUGCAGUUCUUCAUGAUCCAAGAAUCGGUCAACAGUUGACUUUAAACACUCCAAAUCGACAUCACAUGCUUAGCACCUUUGAAAGGUCUUUAUCAGAACAAGUUCGUUCAAAUGAUCUCAAAGCAUUUGAACUCAGUCUCACUAUGCAAAAGAUGAAACUUAAAGAAGCACAAAUCGCAGUCAAUUGUGAUUCAAAUAUCUUAGAAAGGUUUAAGUUAUCAAUGGGCAUCUCAAAAGCCAACUUUAGAACCGAAAAAUUCAAAACCGAAUUAGAAGAUUCGAGACACACACAACUCCUUAAAAAAUGCGCCGAUUGUCUCGUUGCUGGUUUGCUCAUUAUGCUUGCUGGUCUUGCUUAUGGAACCUACAUUCAUUCCUAUGAAAAACUCAUUGAAGCCACAGAAACAUGCACUCCCAUCAAGGGUUCGAAUUCAUGGUGGAUUCCAAAGUCAAUGGCGACAUUUAGUUCGGGAUUCCAAACCCUAAGGUGUCAAGUUCAAGUUAUAGUCCGUUGGCUAUUUGGGCUUUUAAUGAUUGUUGCAAUCACAUAUGUACUCCUUCGAAGAUCCGGUUCCACAAAUCAAACAAUGCCGAUUACUUUUAUCCUUCUCUUACUCGGUGGUGUGUGUGGUGUCGCCGGAAAAUUUUGCAUCGACACAUUGGGUGGCAGUGGGUACCGGUGGUUGAUUUAUUGGGAGGUUCUUUGUUUGGUGCAUUUUUUCUCAAAUGUUUGUACUUCCAUGUUGUUUCGUAUUCUUCAUGGGCCUGUUGCUGUUACUGUGACUGAUGGGUCGAUUAGCAGUAAGUUAUGUCCAUACUGGUUUAGGCGAUUGGUGUUUUAUGCCGUGGUGUUGGUUUAUUUGCCUUUGGCUUGUGGGAUGAUUCCUUUUGCGGGGCCCGUUGAAUGGUUUCGACAUUUUGGGUUGAUUGUGAUGGGUCGGGUUGUGGGUCCAGAUGAAUGAUGUUUGUAAAAAUUGGAGAAGUAUGUAAAGGAGAAUGGGUACUUGUUCUAUUUAUGUUUUGUGAUCGGUUUUUUGAAUUUUGGUUGAGAAAUUGAUGUAAAUGUGGUUUGGAUUCACGAAGUGUGAGUUAUUAAAUCUAGUAAUACUAUG